AACUUGUAUUCAUUCAUCCGUUGUUCAUACUGAUGAGCGAGCGAAGUUAGAACAGAUCGCCCGGUUACAAACAUUUAGUGAAGUUGAAAAUAUUGAUACAUUGUUGCGCCCUUCGACAUAAUUUAAUUGAACAUGAAAGUAACAGUUUUCUCAUCUGAAAUAUCCGUGAGGCAUGCGGUCUUAUUUUAUCACUCCUAAGCAGCGAAGUACUGCUAUUUUUGUGGUCACUUUGUAGGCGACGUUUACUAGCCAUCUAUUAGCUAGUGAAGUUUGGUGGCAGUAGCUGUUAGGUUUGUUUAAAAGUGACAGGAGAUAACAAGCUGUAAAACCGAAUCGACGCGAUGAUUCCUGAAUAUAGUCCCCGGACCAGCGAGACAAGAAGCCGUACGCGUUGCCACUAUGGUCAGGCAGCCGAACCAAACCAGAACCGAUGUGGGCUACUCUCCGAAAUCAAAACUCCUAUCAAGAAUGAACUAUUCACUGACCACUACACCAUCAUUCCGGGCAAAGAACUUGGCAGGGGGAAGUUUGCGGUGGUCAGGAAGUGUGUGGAGAAGUGCACGGGCCAGGAGUACGCCGCCAAGUUCAUGAGGAAGAGGAGGAAGGGCCAGGACUGCAGGCUGGAGAUCAUCCACGAGGUGGCCGUUCUGGAGCUCGCCACGGCCAGCCAGCGGGUGGUCAACCUGCACCAGGUCUACGAGAUGGCCGCCGAGAUGGUGCUCGUCCUCCAGUUUGCAGCAGGAGGAGAGAUCUUUAACCAGUGUGUGGCGGAGCGGGACGAGGCCUUCAAAGAGGAGGACGUGAAGAGGUUGAUGAGACAGAUCCUGGAGGGAGUUUCUUUCCUCCACAGGAACAACAUGGUGCACCUGGACCUCAAGCCCCAGAACAUUCUGCUGACCAGCGAUGCUCUUCUGGGGGACAUCAAGAUCGUGGACUUUGGUCUGUCCAGGAUGGUGAGCAGCAGUCAGGAGCUCAGGGAGAUCAUGGGGACCCCGGAGUAUGUGGCUCCAGAAAUCCUGAAUUACGAGCCGAUUAGCACAGCGACAGAUAUGUGGAGUAUUGGUGUGCUGACCUAUGUGAUGCUGACGGGCAUAUCUCCCUUCCUGGGAGAGGACAAGCAGGAGACAUUCCUCAACAUCUCCCAGAUCAACAUCAGCUACCAGGAGGAGGAGCUGGAGCAUGUAGACCAGGCCGCCAUCACCUUCAUCAAAGCCCUGCUCAUCAAAGAACCCCAGAACCGUGCCACAGCAGAAGAGUGCCUGCAGCACCAGUGGCUCCAGCCAAAAGAGAAAAAGGAGGCCGAGGCGACAACAGCGGUGAAAGAGACUAUCAGCCCAACCAAGUGCCCCUCGGAGCCAGCCAGCCCUGAGAGCCCCAUCAGGGAAGAGGAGAAGGAAGGGCCUGUAACAGAGGAGCUGGUCGUGGUGGCAGCUUACACACUGGGCCAGUGUCGCCAGUCAACGGACAAGGAGGUCAUAAACCCCGACCAAAAGGCUAUCUCCAAGCGCUUCAAGUUCGAGGAGCCCUUUAGUGCCCUCCAAGAGGUCCCUGGGGAGUUCAUAUACUAAAGGACACACACACACACACACACACACACACACACACACACACACACACACACACACACACACACACACACACACACACACACACACACACACACACACACACACACACACACACAUACAUCUCAACCUUUACACAAGGGGUCUUCCUUUCGGUCCUGGAGAGGUACUGGUUGUGUUGGGUCUCCCUCCUGCCGUUCACUAACACACCAGCUAAUUCAGCCGAUCACAGCCCUAAUCGGUUGGUUAGUAAAAUCAGGUACAUUAAUGAUGGCUCGGAGCGAAAGCCUUCACCACCCAGUAGCUCGCCAGGAACCAUAGUGGAGAACGCCUGCUCUUACAUUUAGGUGAAAGCGGUACAAAAUGUCGCACUUACAAACCAGAAUAAAUGACACUUUUUAACCCACCUCAUGGUCAGAACUCGUAAGCCAAACUCUUUAUUUUUUAUUUGAUUUUUUUUCCUGUUGAUUUUUGUCUUAUGUUGAUGCUGCUUUACUAUACAUGGGGAAUCGUUACUCCAGACUAAGGCCUAGAUUCAGUCAGAUCAAGCGUUAACCCAUAUCCGACACCCGCAGAGCUGAUGUUUUGGCGGUGUCGGAAGUGGAACUGCGUUGGAGCUGUCAAAUCAGAGCUGCUCUUGUGAUCAUUGUCACGAAACCACAGCCAUCCCACUUGCAUUAAAGUUCAGGACGAGAAAGUGUAGGCGAUAUAGAAAUAAUGACGCUCGAAUGGAAAAUCAAUGAGCAAAAUAAUGAGGAUUUCUAUCCGCCUAAUCGAAGUGUAGAUUACGUCUCACAUUCCAGUGUUCGAACUUGUAAACAAGGCUGCAUGGGAUUUCUCUCAAUGUGACUCUGUGCAGCCAAUGGCGAUGUGCGCGUUAGGUAUAAUGCCGGGAUCCGUUGUGGAUUUGACAGCUCAAAGGCGGUUCCACCUCCGACAAUGUCAAAACAUGUGGGUUUCGGCCGAUCUGAUUGAAUCUGGCCCUAAGCCUUGUUGUGAUACUUUGUUUGGUUUUUGUUUUCUUCUUCUUUGGUGCCAUGCUUGGAGAAUUAGCAAUAACUCGGGCCAUAAAUGCAAUUGCAUCUUUUUUUUUCCCUUCAGUUUUUUGUCCAUGUUUCGUCAGGCCAUCUCUUUUCUUAAGGUGUUUUGUUUAAGGUUAUAGAUAUCCUGUAAAAUGGGAACGGGGGGAGAGAGAGGGUUAAUUCUAUGUAUGUGAAACAAACAUUCUGUUGCUUUGGGAGUGUAUCUCUAAAUAAUACUGUUUAAAAAGCCCUUGCACACGUUUGACCCAGAACUGGGAACAUCCCAUGGGUUUCAAUCUCUUCGGCAAUAAUUGCAAAUAAUUUACUUGUUUUUGCAGACGGCGCUUGUUUUUCUUUCCUAACUCCCAAUAGUAAUUACUGUAUAUCAAACGAGAGGUUCCUUAUUAUGGGAACAAAUUUGUACAUGAAUGUCCUGAUACUGUAAAUAAAGAUAAGUCUCUAAAAACCUU